CCCCACGUUUUACUCUUGACAUUCCCAAAGCCGAUUCCUUUGCCUUUUUUCCCACAACACCCACCAGUUCUGUUCCACCAUCACACCUUCUCUCUCUCCAUUUUUGACUCUCCCAACCUUUUCUCUCUCAUUAUUCCAUUCAUUUUCCCUUCCUCAUCCCCCUCUCCUCAUUUCUCUUCCCCAAAAUUUUCUCUCACGCCAAACAACAUUCAACACCGCGCGAAGAAGAAACGAGACCUAGCUCUGCUGAUCCUACCGAUCUCCGCUUCGCGAGGGAGGUAAUCGCUGGUCAACAAUGGCGGCGGCGACUCCUGCGACCACCUCGAAGACCUCGGCUUUGUUGUCGAUGUUCGCGCUCUGCGUCUCCCUAACCCUAGCUCCGCUCGUUCAUGGAAACUCCGAGGGAGACGCUCUUUACACUCUCCGACGGAGCCUCUCCGAUCCCAAUAACGUCCUCCAGAGCUGGGAUCCGACUCUCGUCAACCCUUGCACUUGGUUCCACAUCACUUGCAAUCAGGAUAAUCGCGUCACUCGAGUGGACUUGGGGAAUUCAAACUUGUCGGGGUAUCUGGUACCUGAACUCGGAAAACUUGAGCAUCUGCAAUACCUGGAACUUUACAAAAACAACAUCCAAGGAACGAUUCCAGUUCAGCUUGGGAACUUGAAAGGCCUCAUCAGCUUGGACUUGUAUAAUAACAACAUCUCGGGGACCAUUCCGCCCUUGUUGGGAAAAUUGAAAUCUCUUGUGUUUUUACGGCUGAAUGACAACCGUUUGACUGGACCAGUUCCGAGGGAGCUCGUUGGUAUUUCAAGCCUCAAAGUUGUGGACGUCUCAAACAAUGAUUUAUGUGGAACAAUUCCGACCACUGGACCAUUUGAGCACAUUCCAUUAAACAACUUUGAGAACAACCCUCGACUCGAAGGUCCAGAAUUGUUGGGGCUUGCCAGUUACGACACAAACUGCUCAUGAAGGAGGAUGCGUAAAGGUGCUAAAAAUAUUGACUCCGCUUUGGGUUAGGUAUUUUACUUUAAAAGUUGAAAAUGUAUUACCUCAUAUUGUAAUGGGAUAGGAGAUAAAUUUAAUCCACCAUAUAAGAAUAUGUAUAUCUGACGACACGACAAUGUGAAUGUGUUCGUAACUGUAUUAUCGUGUCCUGCUAAGAACGUGUAAGACAUGAAAAUUAUAUUUUUACAAUAUUAGUGAAGAGAACUUCGUAUGCAUAA